AUGAUAUCCCCAUCCUCCGGCUGCCCAACAUCUUCUAUCAACAGUAACACCUACACAGUCUCCUCAUCUUCUGCCUCUUCCCCAAUACCUUCAUCAUCCCAUCUAGACCCCGAUUCAAGAUCCCACAAAGGAUCCUACGAAGCAGUCCUCGAGUACUUCACCUCCAACUCCCUCUCCCAUCCCACCUUCAAACCUUUUAUCCGGUAUUCCAUCACCAAAGCAGCCCCUGCAGCAUCACUGCCUCCAACAGUACCUCUAUCACCGAACCAAUUCUGCCCCCGCUGCACCAAAGCCCUAGCAUCAUCCCCACCACCCCCCUCCCACGCUGCAUGGUGGCGUCGCGGAGGCGAGCUAUGUACCCCCGAGGAAUUGUUUCAUUCGGCCAGCGAGGGGCAAUGUCAAUUCUGCUGGUUUGUGAUGGUGAAGGUGCUGAGGAGGCUUGUUGUUGGAGUCCAAGUCGAGGAUGAGGAGGAUUUGAAACAGAAAGUCGAGGAGGUUUGGAGGGAUAUAAAGUAUCUACUGGUUGGACUGUCUUUUUGGGCGGAGGAUAGGAGGGAAGAUGUUUGGAGGGGGGAGGUGAGCGUUAGGUGUCUGCCAAGAGUGCCUCUAGGAAGGGAGAAGGAUGUGGACGUGGAUAUGGAGGGGAAGGUGGUGGUUAGCGAGUUUGUCAGGUUGAGGGGGUAUAUACCCGGCCCCAGCUAUCCCCCUUCCUUCCUCGCCUCCUUUCACACAGCCAGCGAACAAAGCUGGAACCAAGCCCUCGAAUGGAUCAACAACUGUCGUUCACACCCUCUGUGCAGCGCUGCCGAGACCAUGGGCUCUCACGACCGGCGUCCUGCGCGACUAAUCGCCGUCGGGCGUCCUGGAGAAACGCACGUCCGAGUCAUCGAAACAGCCGGACUGGCUGUCUCCGAGACACCCUUCAUGUCGCUGAGCCACUGCUGGGGAAAGGACGGGGUGCCCACCCAGCUCCUCAAGGAAAACUAUGACUGUUUCACAAAGGAAGGCAUCAAGCUCACCGAGCUGCCCAAGACCUUCAGGGACGCCAUCGAGGUGACGCAGAGGUUGAACAUCGUGCCCUACAUCUGGAUCGACUCUCUCUGCAUUAUUCAAGACUCUAAACAAGACUGGGACAACGAGUCGGUCAAGAUGCAGUACGUUUAUCGCAACUCGGUGCUUAACCUGGCCGCGGGAGCCUCGCCUAACUCUCACGGCGGGUUGUUCAACGCGCGCCAUCCGCUUUCGACGGUACCUUGGUCUAUAGAGGUACCUUUAUCAGACGACGACGAUAAAGAUUACAACAUCAAGAAUAAGAAGUUUCUAACAAGCGAAUACCGCUCCGAAAAGGAAUCGGACCUCAUCCUCUUCACACGCGGCUGGGUCCUCCAGGAACAACUCCUCGCUCGGCGCACCCUGAUCUUCGGCAAGGAAGAACUGCACUGGGAGUGCGUAACCUGCGAAGCAAGCGAGUCAUUCCCCUUGUCCAUCGAUAGGGAGCGUUGGGACGGCGAUGUGAAUGACAGGCGAACCAUCUUUCAGCAUCAGUGGGAGAACCUUACUGGAACCGACACUGGCAGCAGGCUGGUUCCCGCUGAUAAUAGUGACAUGAAAGCCAAGCGGCGCAAAGCCUGGGAACUCCUGGUCCAGACGUACUUCAGCCGGUCGCUGACCAAGGCCUCAGACAGGCUGAUAGCCAUCUCCGGCAUAGCGGAGCAACUCGGCGUUCGAUGGGGUCCGGGGGUAACUUAUCUGGCGGGAUUGUGGUCGUACCGGCUCGUUCAGGGGCUUUUGUGGUAUAUGGGCGGCGAAGAUCGGUGUGAGGAGCGGGAUGCGCAGGCGGCGCCCUCGUGGUCGUGGGCGUCGCUUGUGCCGGAGCAUGUACCCGGUGUAACGGACCUGAAGCUGACAUAUGCAGAGGCCGAGUGUGUGGAUGGCUUGGCGGAGGUUUUGGAGGCGCAGGUGACACCUGUCAGAUCAACGAAUCCAUUUGGGCCGGUGAUUCCUGGCUCUGGGAGUAUCAAGCUUAGGGGGCCAGUGCUGCCGAGACCGAGGAUUAGGAAUAGGGAUGGGAAUUGUGAGGUCUAUGAUUUGGUUUUUGGAGCGAACGAGAUGAGUUCGGAUUUUAGGUUGAACGAAAGCGGCGUAUACGUCAAUAUGGCUACCGGUAUGCCUGCUUAUCUGCAUUCGUAUCAGUCUAUCGCGGUCGCUGGUUGGGACAAUAUCAAUGAUAUGAAGGAAGAUGAGGAGGAGGCUUACCUGGCGCCGCUUCAGGUUCAGCUUAUAGAGGACGGACCGGCUGGAACCCCGAGCAAACUUCAACUUGUUGGAUUGGUUCUAUUGAAGGCAUCAUCGUGGCUCGCGGUACCACAGUUUCGACGAGUGGGCUUAUUUUUCAUCACUGACGAGGCGCCUCAGUGGAACUCUGCCCCUGACAAUGAACUUCAAGACGACGAACAACGGGACAACGAAACGGCUACUCACAUGAACGUCGACUUUGAAAGCUCUUCGGACCCCGAAUCUCGCGCCGUCCGAUAUCCGGACCCAAACUACCAUCACCACCCGCCAGACACAUACGACGACUCCAGUAAUUCACAACCGGACGACGUUUGCUCCGACGAUUCCUACUCAUCUAACCCCUUUGCCAACGCUACAUGGGAAAGUGAGUCCGGUGAGGAAACAGAAAGAGAUCCCGCCGAGUUCAACGAAUACUAUUACGAAGACUUCUCCGUCUGGGCAACGGGCAUCGAGCGCCUUAAGAACCAGGGCUUCCUGCGUAACAUUGACACAUGGUUCGCUCAAAGAAUUCAGCAAGGGCAACGAUCGGAUCCCUUGAAGGAAGACCCCUACGUCAACGGUCCACGUCCGCUGAACACCAAUCUGGCAACGCGAUACUCACCGUGUCUCCCACGGACGUUCUACCAUCGGAUUAAUAGGUUUCUGGAGACCUGUCAGGCUGUGGCUCGACUUAAGCCUGACGUGGUGCUGGGUGGCGGGGAGGCAAAUGGUUAUUUUGUUUAUGAGAUUGUGUGA